AUGCUUGCAUCCGCGUGGGAGUUUGCAAAACGACACAAAGGGAAAAUCAUUGCAGGAGGUGUUAUUGUGGGAAGUGCAAUUGCAUAUAUCCAGUCGUCGUCAAAAAAUGAAGCUUUGCAAAAAGUUAACACAUCAUCCGAGUUGCCAAAUCAGGCACGCAGACAUUAUAUCUUUGAUUCGACUCAUCGAUCUUGUGACCAAUCUAUAACGGAUCUCAUACCAUCAAUUGUUUCACAGAUUCAAGCAAGAUUCGAUGUGGAAGCCAUUCAGGAAAAACUUAAGAACACACCCGACCUUACUGCGGAUCAAAAAAUUCAACUUUGGGAUCAACUCAAAAAAAAUGUGUUUUGUCGAAUUGUGUCCGUAGCGUUUGGUUUCUCAAUUCUCACGCUCACGUUAAAAGCACAGAUCUCAAUUCUGGCCGCUGAUACAUGUGCCCAAUUCGAGCAAAGGAAUAAACAACCGACAUGGCAAAACUACCUACCGGAAUCAAUGAAUUCUAUCUUAAGCUCGAAGAUGGGGUCAAAUAGUUCUAACCCCACUGACAAUCCAAUGGAUGUUGGAAACCGUAGGAUAUUCCUGCAAUGUGUUCAAUAUUUCACCCUCCGAGGUAUUCCGGAAUUAAUGGAGUACGUGGCGGAGUCAGUGUCAGCAGAGCUUCAAAACUGGAAGCUGACUGAUGUAAAAACAAAACAUGAAAUGAGAGACUUGUUUGAUAAAGUCUCAUACAAAAUCAGUUUCACUGGAUUGCUAACAAAGUUAGUUGCACCGUUGGAUGGAGAUGUGGACAGCAGUUCUUCAGUAAUGAAGCUUCUUCAAAAACUAACCAAUAAUUUGGAGUCAAGCAAAAGUAUCCACGUGCUCAACAGUUUGCUGGAUUUCUACUUUUCUGCAGCAUUAAGGAUGGUAGAAAACGACGAACAAUCACUGGUCAAAUACGUUCCGUCUUUCUCCAACUCAUUCCCAGUACUGACAUCGACGUCCUUUGACAGUCCGCUUUUCAACUCAUUAUACUCUUCCGAUAUCCAUCAAUUUGCAGUUUACGUUUUUAAUUCCUAA